AUACAUCUAUCUUGCAUCUCUAAUUUGUUGCUGAUGAUACUUUGCAAAGUUGCGAGGCCUCGUUUUUCUGUGUAUUUUUUUAUUGGCCUGCUGCGUUUCUAACUGAUGUGUUAUUAUUACUUUAUACUUUAAAUAGCAUCUAAUGGCUCAUAAAUAUUAUGAAAUUACUAUCAAUUCCAUGAGGAUCACAGAAUCCAUUUCCGUACGAAGAAAGUCAAAAUAGAAUUGUUUUUAUUCGGUCUUCAUUGUUGUGUGCCCGCCGUGACAGUCAGCCGCCGUCUUUAACUACCACAAAUUGCAUAUGUAUACACUACACUAAACGUAGUUAACACAAGGCUUAUGGAUAAUAACAGUAGCAGCUACUUUAACGGCAAUGAUAUGUCGGAAGAUCAGGCACAAAUCACGAUGCAGGGUUUUCGUGACGGAAAUGUGUCUCAUUCGUUAACACAAGCAAAAAUACGAAACUUUAAAUUAUUAGCGGAUCCCCAGCUUUUAAAAUGUGGCUCAAAACUGUAUCGUUACGAUGGUGUUGUUACCGGAGAUUCCACCUAUCCCAUGAUUACUCCUAGAGAUCCACGUAACCCCCUAAUUCGUAUUCGGGCUAAACCUGUUGAACCCCUGUUGUUGGUUGUACCUCGAUUUGUGAUUGAUUCCGACUAUGUGGGUCAGCCACCGGCCAUCGAAGUAACUGUGGUAAAUCUCAACGACAACAUCGAUAAGCAGUUCCUCACCAGCCUAUUGGACAAAUGUGGACCCACCGAUGAAAUAAAUAUUUAUCAUCACCCCUUGACAAAUAAACAUUUAGGAGUAGCUCGUAUUGUCUUUGAGAGCACCAAGGGGGCGCGACAAUUUGUGGAAAAAUAUAAUCAAAAAUCAGUGAUGGGAAAGAUUUUAAAUGUGUUUUGCGACCCUUUUGGUACCGUUCUAAAAAAAACAAUUGAAAACCUUACAAAUCCUGCUCAGCCAAGGCUUACUAUCGCAUCUGCAUCGGUUUCAACACCAACGCUAGCUCCAACAAAUGAAUAUAUGCUUGAGUAUGUGGAAAAAGGUGACAUGAAUCGAUCAUCUAUUGCUGGAUACAAUUCAUAUCAAACAAGUGCCAUAUAUGGGGAAAUUGAUUGCGAUCGAAAUAGAGAUCGCGAACGAGAGAGAAAUGGCGAUCGCGAUCGUGGGCGGAACUCUAUGGAAAGAGGCUAUGAACGAGAUCGUGGAGUACGUAACAAAUACUCUUUAUCUCGUCAUGGACGUCAUUACUACUCGUCACGUGAAAAAAGCUUAGAAUCUAACAGAGAUCGAUUGUAUUCAAAAGAAAGGGAGCGAGCGCCGAGGUCGUACGAUUACUCACGUACUAAAGGACGGGAUAAAUUUCAUGAGCGGAAUAGAUCGAAGGAUGGCUCAAGAGAUCGCGUGAGAGAUAGGAGAGACCAUCGAUUGACUUCUCCAAAAGAACGUGACUUUCGAGAGCGAGAUCGUGAUCGAUCGAUUGAAACUGAACGAAAAGAACGUGGUAAGCACGAGAAGCGUUAUAUGAGUAAAGAAUGCUCCGACUCUGAAGCUUUUAAGAGCCAACAAUAUUAUGCUGGAUCCGGAUCUUCGGAUAAUUAUGGCUACAAUCACUAUAAGAGCUAUAGCAUGCCUGACAACAUUCAGCCAUGGCCAAGCUCACAUAGACGCUGGCCGGGACCACAGCAAUCAGAAACACAUCCCGCACUGCCACCACUUCCGCCUCCUGAAGAGGAAGAAAAUUGGGAUGAUCCUCAGCCACCAGUGCCAAUAUUUAAUGCAACAGAUAAGUCAUAUGUUACUGAUAACUUAAAGCCCCCGUCCCCAAAGUUAUCUAUGAAUAGUAACAAUAACGUUGAAACUAAUGUCGAAGAUAAUACAGAAAAUGUUGAUUUAGAUACGCGUAUUGCCUUGAUAUUUAAGGGAAAGACAUUCGGCAACGCUCCGCCAUUUCUUCAAAUGGAAAGCAGUGAUUCUGAAACUGAGAAGCCAAAGGGCGAGGACGUAAGGGAGACUGUUGAGGUACAGAUUGAUUCCAAUAGCUCGUCAAACAACAAGCAAACAACUAUUUCUGCUUUCAAGCAACAUGGCACAAGUGAUAUAUCCAGUGAUGAUGAUAUAUUAGAGAAAAAGGAAACUGAGAAAACGGAAGCAAAUGAUAACGAUGAUAAUAUGUCCUUGUCUAGUUUAUCGUCACAUGAAGAAUCAACGAAAGUACCAGCACCAAGUCUGUCAGAUCAACUUGCACCAAAAAUUAUGUUUACCGGUUAUACGGAUCCGCAAUCUUUGCAGCAAAGCAACUAUUAUUAUCAGCACUCCUAUGGCUACGGCCACUAUCCUACGGCAAUAGGACCGGAUUCUAGUUUAACCGCAUAUAUGCAAUCGUCAUAUUUGUCGGGUGUUGUAACUACCGAUUUUAAUCAGUAUGCCCAAACCUAUGGUUACCAGAAUACGCAAUCCGACCAAAAUGAUGAAAUUAAACAGAAUGUAAAAAAAGUGAUGAAUUUUAUUGUGGAAGAGCUGAAGCAAAUAUUGAAACGGGAUGUCAACAAGCGUAUGAUUGAAAUGACUGCGUUUAAAAACUUCGAGGCCUGGUGGGAUGAGCAAUCAAAUAAGGCGCGAUCUAAGCAAUUAUCUUCCACAAUAGAUAAUAUUGCUGUAAACAACAAUGCGUCUGUUGACAAACGUGUUGUCAGUCAAGAAAAGCCUCCUGAUAUAAAUACGCCUGUUAAUAUACAAAGAGAGAUUUCCGAUUUUUCCGGAUUCUCCAGUAUAGGAAUAAGAAAUGCAAUGCCCAAAUUGCCAUCAUUUCGACGGGUACCCAAGCAUCCUAGUCCCAUUCCCAAUAAACUGGAGAGGGAUCUUAGCGAUCAAGAAGAAAUGGUACAGCGAUCUGAUUCCGAAAAGGAAGAUUCCAAUCUGGACGGUAAUGAUGAUCAAAGCUCAAAGCGCGCCACUUUGCAAAGGGAAUCGGAUAAGAUUCGAAUUGCAACAAAUAAUGUUCGUAUGAAAAGAAAAGGAAGUGCUUCAAGUUUCUUUUCAUCCUCAUCAUCAUCCGGUUCUACAAGUAGUGAAGGUGAAAAUGAAACCGAGGAGGUUGCCGAAGGAGAUGGUGAUGAAAAUGAGCGAAGUAGUGACGAUGAAAGCUUUGCUGAAGAUAUGCAAUUAAAUGAACGAAAUAUAUUAUCUAAAAAGCGUAAGCGUGGCUCAAAAAUUACUGAACGUCACGUAUAUUCCGACUCUGAGGAUGACACUAAAUCGGUAAAUCAAAUAUCCGUGUGCAAGCGCAGUCGAAUGAAGAAAAUUGAUAUAUACUCAGAUACAGACGAAGAUGAUAAUCGCAAACCAAUAGCGAAGUCAUUAAUGAGACUUGAGCAAAACGUUAAGAACGUUAGCGUUAACCUAAUUUCGUCUAUACCUUCUGACCUCGAAGACAUUAGCAAAGACAGUUGUUUUGAUAUUGAUGACGCCGAUGUACACUCUAAGCUCGUGUCCUUAUCAAAGAUGGAUAAAAAAAUGGAGAUUGAGUCACGCAGAUCACGUACACCAAUUCCUCCUCCAGAUUACCAUGAAGAAACUUUGCAGAAAAUCGACAAUGAAAACACAAAAAAAUCGCACUUUGAGUAUGAUCGCAUUUAUAGCGAUUCUGAGGAAGAGCGAGAAUAUCAAGAGAAGAGGCGCAGAAACACCGAGUAUAUGGCUCAGAUAGAGCGCGAGUUUUUAGAAGAGCAACAGAAAAACGCAGAGCAGCAAGAUGGCACUUCCAAAAUAAAUCUCAAAUUUGAGAUAGAAAAAAUAUCCAGUUUCGAAAUGCCCGAUACACCCGACACUUCCAAGCUACCACUAACACCAGGGGUUCGUCUUUUGAGCGACUGUGUGGAUGAGCUGAAAUUUUCAAAACAGCAUGUUCACGAUUCAGAUGUUUCAAGUAGUAGGCACACAAUAAAAAACGAAGGAACUGAAAGUUUUUCAUAUAAUACUACGACAUUGAUUGUUCAGUCGGAAGCGGGAAAAAAUUCGGAAGCAUCUAAAACCACUGAGUCUAAGAUAUAUCAAAAAAUUGACGCAUGUGUCAGCAGUUUAGCCCAAACCAGUGCUCAAUUAAAUAAUAAUAGAGCUGUUAAUGGAAAGCAGUCACCUGCUUCCUCUGACAGCUCAUCUAGUCAAGCCUCCCAAGCUAGUCAAGUGGCACUUGAGCAUUGUUAUUCAUUGCCGCCUCAAGCGCAGGGAUCUGGUAAUGCUCCAACGGAGUCGAAAAUUAACAUUGAUUGUACACAGAUCGCAAGGCCAGGCCCAGGCAGGCCUCGCAAGGACUCUGUGCGCGCUCAAAGGAAGAAGAAGGACUUUGCUGGGCAACAGUCGAAUAAAAAAAUAAAAAUAGAAUCAUUGAAAGAUUCCCUGGCCUUACUAGCUCGCGAAACUUGCAACUUUGUUCCAUGUGAGAUGUUCAAUGCGAGAGAUCAAAGUGAAGAAAUGGUUAUUUUGUACACAUUCCUCACUAAGGGCAUUGAUCUGGAAGACAUCAAGUAUAUAAAAGCAAGCUAUACAGAGCAUUUGCAAAAGGAGCCUUAUGCUAUGUUUUUAAACAAUACUCAUUGGGUAAAUCACUGUACGACGGACAGAGCCUUUUGGCCAACGCCACCUAAAAAGCGGCGCAGGGAUGACGAGCUUAUGCGCCAUAAAACUGGCUGCGCUCGUACGGAAGGCUUUUACAAGUUGGAUGUACGGGAAAAGGCAAAACAUAAAUAUCACCAUACUAAAGUUAACUCGGAUGAUGCUCAAAACGCAGACCGCUGCGAGGAACCCACUGCGUUAACAAAUCAUCACCACAAUAAGCUUAUAUCCAAAAUGCAAGGCAUUUCUCGUGAGGCACGCUCGAAUCAGCGUCGCUUGCUGACGGCCUUUGGGUCAAUGGGUGAGUCGGAGCUUUUAAAAUUCAAUCAACUCAAGUUUCGCAAGAAGCAAUUGAAGUUUGCAAAGUCGGCCAUACACGAUUGGGGACUAUUUGCCAUGGAGCCAAUCGCAGCAGAUGAAAUGGUUAUUGAGUAUGUUGGUCAAAUGAUUCGGCCUGUUGUUGCCGAUUUAAGAGAAACAAAAUAUGAAGCAAUUGGAAUCGGUAGCUCAUACUUAUUUCGUAUUGAUAUGGAAACAAUUAUCGACGCUACGAAAUGUGGAAAUUUGGCAAGAUUUAUUAAUCAUAGCUGCAAUCCUAAUUGUUAUGCCAAAGUCAUUACCAUAGAGUCCGAGAAGAAAAUCGUUAUAUAUUCAAAACAACCCAUUGGAGUUAAUGAAGAAAUAACAUAUGACUAUAAAUUUCCUUUAGAAGACGAAAAGAUACCAUGUCUUUGUGGAGCUCAAGGGUGUAGGGGUACACUUAAUUAAAACUAAUAGGAUAUUGCUAAUAAUAAGUUAGUUUAAAGAUUAAUGAUCACUCUUUACUUACACUAUAUGAAAUAAGAAUA